CCGCUGCUGCUGCUGUUUGGUGGGGGAUCAAGCUUUGGUUUCCGGCGUCGAGCUUCCAUGGAUACCUCGCCUUGGAUUUACGCUGUCAGACGCAAUUAGCGGAGGCUUCUGUUUUCUUCUUCACACCUCCAAGGACUUGGGACGUGCGUACAUCACCAUAAGGACCCAUUCCUGCUUUAAUGACCUUGGCAUCACUGGUUCUUGAUUGGUCAGCAAGCUGACCUGGCCUAAACUUGCCAGUUGAAUUAUGCGGUAUUGUCUUAAAGGAAGACGAGAGACACCAGACCCAACCAUACAGAAACAAUUAACCGCUGCAAUAGCACCUGGAUUGGCGAAGUGCAAUUGUGGCCUGAACAAAGAAAGAAAAAGAGAACUAAUGCCAAGCCCUUCCCCUCCUCAGACAGCCUAGCGAAGGUCCAGGAGGUAGCAAGCUGGCUUUUGGAAAUGAACCAGGAUCUGCUGUCGGGGGGCAGCAGCAGCAGGCGCAGUCGAGGGCUGGGGGGUCAGGCCGUGCGAGGUAACGCCUCCUCCACGACCCGGGCACCACAGCAGGCAGCAGAGGACGGCGAUGAGGAUGAGCACAUUAACCGGGUGGUUGAGGUGCAGCAGAGGCCGGAGGCAUCGCAAGCUGAUGGCGAGCGAGAGCAACCAUGGGCGCCCGGCGAGUCCGGAGCAAGCAACGGCCCUCAGGGAGAGGAAGAGGGGGAGGAAGGCCGAGGAGGCCCGCUAAAUGAAGUUAGCGGGGAAGGCAAAGGAGCCCGGUGGCAGUGGGGGACAGACCAGAGGCAGCUCCGAGACCAGCCACCCCUCGAAGAGGAGGAGGAAGAGGAAGAGGAGGAAGAGAACCACAACAGCAGCAGUCACCAAGAGGAGGAGGAGACUGAGGAGAGGACAGAGGGAGGGGAGGAACAGGGAAGGGAAGAGGAGAGGGAGGAGGGCGAGGAACGUGAGGAAGAAGAGGAGGAGGAGGAAGAGGAUGACGUGGAGAUGGACCAAGAUAGUGAUGAAUUUGAGCAUUCAGCAGAGAGUGGGAGGGAAGAGGAAGAGGAGGAGGAGGGAGGAGAAGGCGAAGAAGGGUUGCGCUCACUCUCUCUCAGGAACAAUGUGUCUGCCCCCAGUAAUAAUCAGGACUCGGGAUGUACACACCAAAGUUCUUCCAGUAAGAAGAUGAAGAGAAAGUUGGACCCAGGCCCAGAGGUCCGAUCUUUCCCUUCAGGAAAAAAGCCCUGCAAAGGCCCAGAGUAUUCGAGCCCAACAGGAAUUGUUCCGUGUCCAGCCACACCCACCACCUUUGGUCACAUCAGAGCGGCCAAUGGUCAGGGGCAGCAGAGACGACGAAUCACCUCAAUCCAGCCACCUACGGGUCUCCAGGAAUGGCUCCGAACAUUUCAGAGCUGGACCGGCCCAGAGAAGCUGCUGGCGCUGGAUGAGCUGAUCGACAGCUGUGAGCCUACACAAGUCAAGCAUAUGAUGCAGGUGAUCGAGCCGCAGUUUCAGCGCGACUUCAUCUCCCUGCUGCCCAAAGAGCUGGCUUUGUACGUACUUUCAUUCCUGGAACCGAAGGACCUCCUCCAAGCGGCGCAGACGUGUCGCUACUGGCGCAUCCUGGCAGAAGACAACCUGCUGUGGAGAGAGAAAUGCAGGGAAGAGUGUAUUGAUGAGCCUCUGCCCCCGCGGAAAAGGAAAAUUGCCAAGCCAGGCUUCACCCACAGCCCCUGGAAGAGUGCCUACAUCAGGCAGCACAGGAUAGACACUAACUGGAGGAGAGGGGACCUCAAAUCACCCAAGGUGCUGAAGGGACACGAUGACCAUGUGAUCACCUGCCUCCAGUUCUGUGGCAACCGCAUCGUCAGCGGCUCCGAUGACAACACGCUGAAGGUCUGGUCGGCGAUCACAGGGAAGUGUCUGCGGACGUUGGUGGGCCACACCGGGGGCGUCUGGUCAUCCCAGAUGCGAGACAACAUCAUCAUCAGCGGCUCCACUGAUCGCACACUCAAGGUCUGGAAUGCAGAGACGGGAGAAUGUAUCCACACCCUCUAUGGGCAUACCUCAACAGUACGCUGCAUGCACCUACAUGAGAAAAGGGUUGUCAGUGGCUCUCGGGAUGCCACGCUUCGUGUCUGGGACAUCGAGACGGGUCAGUGUUUACACGUCCUCAUGGGCCACGUGGCGGCGGUGCGCUGUGUCCAGUACGACGGGCGGCGGGUGGUCAGCGGGGCCUACGACUUCAUGGUCAAAGUGUGGGACCCAGAAACAGAAACCUGCCUCCACACGCUGCAAGGCCACACCAACAGAGUGUACUCGUUACAGUUUGAUGGGAUCCACGUUGUAAGCGGCUCUCUGGAUACGUCUAUAAGGGUCUGGGACGUGGAGACGGGAAACUGCAUCCACACUCUCACGGGGCAUCAGUCCCUCACCAGCGGCAUGGAACUGAAAGACAACAUCCUGGUCUCGGGCAACGCAGACUCCACUGUCAAGAUCUGGGACAUCAAGACGGGCCAGUGUCUCCAAACACUGCAAGGUCCCCACAAGCACCAGAGCGCCGUGACAUGCCUCCAGUUCAACAAGAACUUCGUCAUCACCAGCUCUGACGACGGCACGGUUAAACUGUGGGACCUGAAGACAGGCGAGUUCAUCCGGAACCUGGUGACCCUGGAGAGCGGCGGCAGCGGAGGCGUGGUGUGGCGCAUCCGAGCGUCAAACACCAAGCUGGUGUGCGCCGUGGGCAGCCGCAACGGCACAGAGGAAACCAAGCUGCUGGUGCUGGACUUUGACGUGGACAUGAAGUGAGAGGAGGGGGACACUCUGAGGAAGGAAGAAGAGAGCGAUCCGCAGAGAAAAGAGGGAGGGAAAGAGAGGGAAUGGGAGCAGCGGCGCCUGGAAACCAGAGAGCCAACACCCAAAACUCUUCACCUAAACUCACAAACGUCUACAAUCACAAACAGGGGGCGGUGCUGUCCUCUGUUAUCACCCACGUCUCCCAUUUUGGGUUCAUGUUACUGACAAACACACAGUUCCUCAAGUGUCCAGCCCUCUUCCCACCUGUUCAAGGUGAGUUGGAGGGGGAUCGGGCUGGAAACUGGGGUCCGAAGCCACCGCCGGUGUGGCUGGGAGAAACAGAACGAGCGAACUGUCCUGAAUUGGCUCCCACCUGUUCGGUUCCGAGCCGGUUUCGUGCAGAGACCCGGUUUCGCUCCAGUCUGACAGAUUUUGAGAUGUACAGAGAUAUAUUAUUUUUUAAAACUCCAACCCCCCUCCCUCCCUCCUAUAAGAGCACGCCCACACACACACACACACUCAUCACACGGCCAGCCGAGAAGUGGGUGAAGGCGGAAGACCGUGGAGGUUAGAAGAGAUUAAUUUCUACACAGUUACUCCCAAAGAGCUGCUCGACGUCGCGGGAAGGAAGGAAGCGCUUGGAGCGCCGUGACCUGUAAUCCAGGCUCGUUUCUUUGUCACUCCAUUUCCGUUCUCAUUGGUCUCCGCUCAGUUUCUGCAGUUUUUAUUUUUCCACACAAACUCAACUGUGAAUUUCAGUACCUGAAGAGGGUUUAUUAUUAUUAUUUUUUUGGUUUGUUUUCUGCUUCAUGCAAAAUCUCAGUAUUAGAGAAACCCAUUCAGUUCACAGAUGCUGUCUCCUUUCUACCAUCUACAUGUCGUUUUGUCUCCACAUGAACGUCAGUGCUGUGCAGCUUUGGUGGUUUUCUCAGAAGCCAGAGGAAAGCUAAAGAGCUGUGGAUGAACACCUCUUCCCUUACACUGCCCCCCCCCCCAACCCCCCAAGUGGCCAAACUGAAUUUUAUGCUGCUAGAGGAACCGAAACCAGAGAGAAGGAGCGUCUACUAGCUGUGACGUUUUAGUCCACAGGCAAAAUUCCUAAUAGGUCUCUGUAUGUUUGGACUUGAAAAAAAAAGAAACAAAACGCGACAUGAUUACCAUCCAACGUUUUUUAUUUGUUGUUGCUUUUUUUUUUUUUUUUUUUUUUUGCCACUGAAACUUGAGCCAAACGUGCCUCUACGUUUGAGGCUGCAAGGAGGGAGCGCGUCCGACAGAAACUGACAGGAGAGGAAGAAGAGAAGGGGGAUUGUAACACUGUUGGAGUGCGUGUGUGUUCUGAGUGCACGAGUGCGUGUGUUAAUGCGUGUUAGCGGGCAACUUGUAAACACAUUCCUCGGGACAACGCUUUUCCAGCCUGUUCUUUGGGAAAAUGUACAAAUGCUGCGUGGACUGGCUUAAAAAAAGAGGUUAAAAAAUAAAUCAAAGGCGAUGUAUCGAUUUUAACUCGUGAAUGAGAGAGUGGUCUGUGUGUAUUUGUGUGUGUGAGACUGUGUUUCUGUUUUUGUUUCCCAUUCAGAGGUGUCUGAAGCAACAGAGGAGACCACCACAAGCAUCAACUGACGGGUCGGGCUGCAGAGCGUCUUAGUGUUACAUGUGCUGCGGGUGAAAAUCCCUGCGGCCGUUAGCCGGCAACAAACAUGGACAGAAACCUUGUAGCCAAACAAGUCGUCUCAAUCUCCAAGAGUCACAACUCGAGCUGAACUGUGAAAGUGGUAUAACACUGUAUAUUAAAAAAAAAAGAGAAAGAAAACAAUCUCGCUCUAUCUCCUCUUGUUGUUUUCUCCGUCUGUUUUUAAUUUAUGAUCUGGUUUGAGAAAUCAGAUUUGUUGCAGGUGUUUUUAUUUUGUUCAGUUCAUGUAAACUGCCUGGCAAAAAAAAGAAACUAAAAACAGACAAAAAAAACCUGAAAGGGAUUGUGUAUUUGUUUGAUUCACUUAGAAUUUUAUUUUCUUAUAACUUAAGUGCAAUAAAAUGUGGGUUUUUCUUUUGUCAUUUCAAGCAUAUCAGUUGUCUGUUUUUGUUUACCUCUGUGAAGGCAUCUUUUAUGGUCAAUAAAGCAAAAAUAUUUGGUUAAAUGCUCCUGAACGAUUAUAAUCUCAGCUUUCCAAGACUGAGUAUAUCAGUUUUCCUCAGACAUCCUCAGACAGGACUUAAAUUUGUUCAUACAGUCAAAGUUUACUCAAACCCGGUUUUAUUUUUGUUUAUUGUCUAAAUUCUUUUUCUGCGAUGGAAUGAAUAAAAACCGGAGAACUGCGAUGAAUUUUAAAAACAAGAAAAGUUAGAAUUUUUUACGGAUUUCCUCAAAGGUAGCACUGCUGCCGUGCAGAAAGCUGGAAGGAGCUUGCUAGUUCUCCCCGUGGGUUCUGCCGGGUCCACCAACAUGGGGUGUUAGUUUAAUUGGCCUCUGAAGUGUUGCCCAGUGGUGAUCUGUCCAGGGUGUACCACAGACCGCUGGAGAUGGGCUGAUUGGUGGUGAUGUUUAAACAUUGGGAGGAAGUCCCUGUUUGGAAAGUACCGGUACCACGGAGGUUGAAACAGUCCCCCACCAUGAUACUACCACCCUCGUGCUUGACAGUUGGUACAGUUUUCUUGGGUUUAAAAGCCUCAACUCCUGCGAACAUAAUUCGUCUGACCAAUUAUCUCCAUGUUCGUCUCUUCUGACUGUCAAACCUCUCUGGAGGAGGUCGAGGUGCAACUUGCUCAGGGAUAUUUAAACAAAUAUUAUUGGGUGCUUGUUUAUAUUUUAGCCUUUAUGUACAAUUUUGACCCCAUGUGGAUUAGAGAAAAUUCACAUUAAAUAUAUAGUUAAUUCA